CGUUCGGCGGGGCCCAGUAGUCUCUAGUCAUCAAUUCCUCCGCGUUACCACGAUUGGAUCAAGAAGUGACGUCACACACAUUUUCUCUUUGUCGCCAUUCGUCAAGAUGAGGACGGAGGUGCUUUGUCUUCUCAUCUGCAUCGGAGCCGUCACAGCUCUGACGAGGAAGCAAGAGGCUGCCGAGCAGAGUCGUCGAAAGGUCGCUUCGGCAACAACGCCCAGGAAACCAGAACCGGAGGAAGAGUACGAGGAUGACGAGCUUCUGGAUCAGUGUCCGGAACCCAACGGAUACUUUCCGGAUGCGGAGCAAUGCGACAAAUAUUACGAUUGCCGGGACGGAAAAAUAACGGAUAAAUUGUGCCCGGACGGUCUCGUCUUCAACGAUUUUAGUCCGCAACACGAGAAGUGCGAUCUGCCGUUCGGCAUCGAUUGCUCGAAGAGACCCAAACUACAAAAACCGCAACCGUCGCCACACUGCCCGCGCAUGCACGGCUACUUCGCCCACGAGGAUCCCAGGAAUUGCGACACUUUCUACUAUUGCGUCGAGGGCAAGUUCAACAUGAUCACAUGCCCGGACGGUCUGGUCUUUUCCGAGAAGACUGGAAUCUGCAACUGGCCGGACGAGGCGCAGAAGAAAGGCUGCGGUUCGCGUGAGCUUUUUAACUUCACCUGUCCGAAGGUUGACGAUUCCGUGGCCGCGACUCAUCCGCGCUAUCCCGACACCGAGGACUGUCAGUACUUCUACGUGUGCGUCAACGGCGAGGUGCCGAGGCGAAGCGGAUGCAAACUCGGCCAGGCGUUCGAUGAGCGCACCGGCAAGUGCGACUGGGCCAGGAAGAUACCCGAGUGCAAAGACUGGUACAAAGGUCAGCUGACUGACGAAGAACUGGACGCUUUGGAGCAUCCGACACCCAAGCCCAAAUCUACCGGUGGACCCAGCAGAAGGAAAAGCAGCAGGCCGACUGCGGCAGCAGGAUCGACUCUAAAUUAGGCGUAUAGAAGAUCUCUAAGCGCUUUCGUUUUUAAACCAUCCUUGUAGAAUAAAUAUUAUAUUUACCACAAACAACACAA